AUGCAGUUUGGUAGUGUGUGGGUGCAAUAGAGUUGGCACAAUUUUCAUUUCGGAAACAAUGUGUGUGUAUGUUUGGAGUUUAGAAAUUCUCGCCGUGUCCAUGCCCAAAUUUUUGACUUCCCAUAAAUUAAAUGAAUGUUGUAUUUCCUUUCCUGACCAAUUCAGCAUCAGCAACAAUACGGAGCCAUACGACCUUUACAAGUUGUGCUUCGUGCCAGAUUUUGAAACGUGCCUAGGCCAUUUGAAAAACAUGUAACAUUCAUGGGAGAAUCAAUGUAUUUGUUUGUGUGAAGGAUCGCAAACAGAUUAAAUUUCCGAACUCUGUACUAAAUAUUAAUUUAUUAAUUCAGCCAGACCAUAGACAUGGACUCUCUUCGUGCUUACCCAGGAAAUCUGUACAAAAUGCGACGUUAUGUGUAAUAUGUGUCCAGUCACAAAUUCCAGUGGAAUUUUUCUAUUUCUCUCCCGGUGUUUUGAAGUUUUUUUUUUUCUUUAUGGCUAUUGGAAUCGAUUUAAAGUUCAUCGCAUACCUUAUUUUGUGUAGGGUGCUGGUGAACGCAUAGCUUAACAAAUAUUGCAAAGUUAUUCGCACAUAUUUCUUGAUUAACAUUUUUAGAUCCUUUCAGGGACAACAUCGCUACACGUGAGCAAUAUCGCAGCGCUUUGAGAGUAGCAGUAAACAUGAUGGCAGAUAAAAGUAAAACUCGUAUGAAUCUGGCUGCUAUCAAGAAGGUCGAUCCUUAUGCAAAGGACAUUGUAGACACGUCUUCUCACGUGGCAUUUUAUAUAUUCGACUCAGAGCAGAAUGAAUGGGAGAAAACAGACGUCGAAGGAGCGUUCUUCAUAUAUAGCCGCAAUGCGCAACCGUUUCACAGUAUUUUCAUUAAUAACCGCUUAAAUACAACAUCGUUUGUGGAACCCAUAACACCGCACCUAGAGCUGCAGGCACAGGCUCCUUUCCUGCUAUAUCGCAACGAAAGAUCCCGUAUCCGAGGCUUCUGGUUUUAUAACAGCUUAGAAUGCGAUCGCAUAAGCAAAUUGGUUACUGACCUGGUACACACAGUGGCCAACACAACUGAGAACGGCGCCAUUGUUAAUGAUUCAAAGCCAAACCAUAGUAACAACAACAAUGUAAACAUAUUUAAGAUGUUGUCGAAUGCAAAUUCCACAUUGGCUAGAUUUGACAAAUGAACGGAUAACCAUUGUAACACAUGAGUUUUUGACACCAAACAUUCAAUGGCUGCCAGUUUUCUCCAGUGCAGCUAUAGAAACAUUUAUACAUCGUAUACCAAAUUUAUCGAAUCGAUUUCUAUACUUAAAUGAUGAUAUCUUCCUGGGCUCUCAUCUAUAUCCGGAAGAUCUCUACACCGAUUCGGAAGGGACGCGCAUAUUCCAAGCAUGGCUUGUCCCAGAGUGUUCUCAAAACUGUCCGUGGACGUAUAUUGGAGAUAAGACAUGUGACCAAAACUGUAACAUUUCGGAAUGCCAAUAUGAUGGAGGUGAUUGUACCGAUGGUGAUGAUUAUGUGCAACGCAGAGGCUUACUGCAUACCAUCGAACGUAGAGGAAAAAAAUCUGAAGGCACAAUCCUGUUCAGAAAUGUCAGGACAACAACUAAAAAUAUUGGAAUAAAACGUUUUUGGGAUAUCCUGCAUAGCUAUAAUUUAACACGAAAGCUUGACAUGAAAACACUUGUCGAUAAUUACAACAAGCGGCUCCACAACCAGCAAUCAAAGAACGUACCACUUAUACCGAAAUUUGCUAACAAUGUGAGAUCCUUGCAAAAAACAAGUGAACACUUUUCCCAAUCUCUAAUAUAUACAAACAUGCUUCUAAAUCGCCGAUAUGGGUUUAAGGCCCGUCACGUAAUCAGUCACGUCGGUUUCCUACUGGAGAAGACAAUCAUAGAAGCAAUGCAAAAAAAGUUUUCCCAAGAAAUAUUAACAACAGCAACCCAUAGAUUUCGCGCUCCUAAUGACCUUCAAUUUGCUUUUCUGUAUUACUCAUUCCUAAUGGAAGAAACCUACAAUGAAACCAUAGACAAUAUAUUCGAUGAGUUCGACACAGAUCAUUCGCUUACAUGGUCCGAUAGAGAAAUAAGAACGUUUUUGUCAAAAAUCUUCCCGUUGCCUUUAGAUUGGUCCGCAGUUCGUUUUUUUGAAGGUGUAAUUCAAAACUGUAGUCAAUCUCCCGAAUAUAAAUACGAAGACUUUGCCCACAAGCGACAUACUACUGUUUUAUACGAACGAUACGAAGAUUCUCAUUUGCCUACCGUGUCCAAGGUCUUAGUUAAGCAAUGUUUACCGUUGGUUGAAGCGUUACAACUAAAUUUUGGUACGAGGCCCAAGUAUAAGUAUAAAGUGAACUCAAAGCGAAAUACGUUUAAUAAUUUUAUGAUGCUCUCAUCGAACGUAACGGAGGUUGUCGAUGCUUUAGAUGGAAUUAGAAGGAAUCCAAGGAAGUUUAAUUGCAUCAACGAUAACCUAGAUCCAAAGUACGAAGAAGAAAAUGAAUUGAUUCGCCAUCUGCUGGAGGAUUUCUAUUUAUCCCUAUUUCCUCAUAGAAGUCAGUUCGAGUUACAAAUUGGAGAGAUUAUGUAAAAUGGCGUUGGCAAAAACAAAUAUUCUAUAUAAUGAUAUAUGGGUUAUGCCUUGUGGUAAUCGUUUACAUCGGCCAAUCAAUCUGGAGACAAAAAACCAAA